AAUCCUCUUAGGGUUUAAGGCUUGAAGCUCUCUCCGACUGUACUUCUCUUGCCUCUCAGACUCACACAAAGGUUCAACGGCCCAAAGAUGUCAGUCUACCGCCUCCUCCGCCACUCCACUGCCACCGCCGCCACCAACGCCAAGUCCUGUCAACCUCUAAUUCGAGCCCUCCACUACCUCACACUCUCUCCCAAGACGACCACCUCCGAAACUUUUGACUCUAAUGACCCAAUCUCAUCGUUAUCCAACCCCAUCUCCUCAUCUUCUCUCCUCCCUAUAUCCCGCACCUACGCCUUUUCCUCCGCCGAAGAAGCUGCUGCCGAACGCCGUAGACGCAAGCGUCGCCUCCGCAUCGAACCUCCACUCCACGCCCUUCAGCGCAAUCCCAACCCUCCGCCUCGUGACCCCAACGCGCCUCGUCUUCCGGACUCUACCAAUGCAUUAGUAGGCCCGCGACUGAACCUUCAUAACCGAGUGCAAUCUCUCAUUCGCGCCUUCGAUCUCGACAACGCCUCCCUUCUCGCUCGCAACGCCGUCUACACCAGAACUCGUCCCACUGUGUUCACCUGCAACGCGAUCAUCGCUGCUAUGUAUCGAGCCAAACGGUACAGUGAUGCAAUUUCGCUAUUUAAGUACUUUUUUGAACAGCAUGAUAUAGUUCCUAAUGUUGUUUCGUAUAAUAAUUUGAUCAAUGCACAUUGUGAUGAGGGGAGAGUCGAUACGGCACUUGAAAUCUAUAGGCAUAUAAUUGCAAAUGCUCCGUUUAGUCCAUCGCAUGUAACUUAUAAGCAUUUGACUAAAGGGUUGAUUGAUGCUGGGAGGGUUGAUGAAGCAGUGGAUUUGUUGAGAGAGAUGUUGAACAAAGGUCACGGGGCAGAUUCUUUGGUCUUUAACAAUAUAAUUAAAGCGUUUCUUGACUUGGGAAAUUUGGAGAAGGCAAAUGAGUUUUUCAAUGAGUUGACUGAGAGAUGUUUGUGGUAUGAUGGCACAGUUAAUGCAACAUUUAUGGAUUGGUGGUUUAAGCAAGGGAAGGAUAAGGAGGCUAUGGAGAAUUAUAAGUCAUUUAUGGAUAGGAAAUUGAAGAUUGCACCUCCAACUGGAAAUGCCCUCUUGGAGGUUCUGCUCAGGUAUGGGAAAAAAGAGGCGGCUAUAGCUUUAUUUGAGUUAAUGUUAGAUAACCAUACCCCACCAACCAACCAAGGUGUUAAUUCGGAAACUUUUAAUAUCAUGGUGAAUGAGUGUUUUAAAGAACAGGAGUUUGCUCAGGCAGUGGACAUGUUUAGGAAGGCAGGGACAAAGCCUGGGUCAAAACCUUUUCAAAUGGAUGUUGCAGGGUAUAAUAACAUUAUAAUAAGGUUUUGUGAGAAUGAGAUGUUAUUAGAGGCUGAGAAAUUCUUCACAGAACUAUCAUCCAAGUCUUUGUCCCCUGAUGUCACAAGUUAUAGAAUGCUGAUCGAUGCUUAUCUGAAGGUUGAGAGAAUUGAUGAUGCUCUAAAGUUGUUAUAUAAAAUGGUACAGGAAAAUUUGUGGGUGGUGGCAACUUAUGCGACAAGGGUGUUUAGUGAGUUGAUUAAGAAUGGAAAGGCAGUUGAGUGUGCACAGAUUUUGACUAAAAUGGGAGAGCGAGAUCCAAAACCAGACCCCUCUGUUUAUGAUGUUGUGGUGAGAGGACUAUGUGAAGCAGGUGCAUUUGACAUGAGCACAAAUAUACUGGAGCAAAUGAUGAGAUACUGUGUUGGUGUUCCUCCCACGUUAAAAGAAUUUGUAACUGAGGCAUAUACCAGUGCUGGACAUAAUCAAGAAAUUCAGAGAGUUUUUGAUGAAAAUAGGUGGAGGAACAUGUCUAGACCCCCUCAUGUGCAAAGACAACCUCGAAUGCCAUGGGGUUCUCAAAUGGCAAGAGAGCAGCAAUCUUCAUUGCCUGCACGAGCACCAUCAGGUCAACCUCAGAUGGCAAGACAGCAACCAUUUGGUCGCCAGCAAAUGGAAGGUCAAAUGGUAUCAGGAUCACCUCAAGCGCCAUCAACACAACCAUUAGGUUCCCAUAAUACUGCAGGACAGCAGCCAUCAUGGUCCUCUCAGAUAGGACAGCAGCCAUCAGGGCCUCAUCAAAUUGCAGGACAGCAACAAUUGUGGUCUUCUCCAACAGGACAGCAGCCAUCAUGGUCCUUUCAAAGAGGAGGACAGCAGUCAUCAUGGUCCUCUCAAAGGGGGGAACAGCAGCCGUUAGCAUCCCAUAGCACUGCAGGACAGCAGUCAUCUGGACCUCAAAAAAUGGCAGGGCAGCAGUCUUCUUGGCAUGCUCAAUUUGGAGGACAGCAGCCGCCAUUGUCCUCUCAAAGGGGGGAACAGCAGCCAUUAGCAUCCCAUAGCAUUUCAGGACAGCAGUCAUCUGGACCUCAUCAAAUGGCAGGCCGGCAGCCUUCUUGGCAUGCUCAAUUUGGAGGACAACAGCCGCCAUUAUCCUCUCAAAGGGGGGAACAACAGCCAUUAGUAUCCCAUAGUAGUAUUGCAGGACAGCAAUCAUCUGGACCUCAUCAAAUGGCAGGGCAGCCUUCUUGGCAUGCUCAAUUUGGAGGACAGCAGCCACCAUUAUCCUCUCAAAGUGGGGAACAGCAGCCAUUAACAUCCCAUAGCUUUGCAGGACAGCAAUCAUUUGGACCUCAUCAAAUGGCGGGUCAGCAGCCUUCUUGGCAUGCUCAAUUAGGAGGACAGCAGCCACCAUUGUCCUCUCAAAUGGGAGAACAGCAGCCGUUAGCAUCCCAUAGCAUUGUAGGACGGCAGUCACCUGGACUUCAUCAAAUGGCAGGGCAGCAUCCUUCAUGGCAUGCUCAAUUAGGAGGACAGCAGCCAUCACUGUCCUCUCAAAUAGGAGGACAGCAGCGAUCAUGGUCCUUUCAAAUGGGAGAACAGCAGCCCUCAGGAACUACACACACAGCCAGACAUCAGCCAUUUGAAUCCAUGCAAAUGUCAAGACAGUUUGAACCUAUGGGAGGACAGCAGCCAAAUGGACCCUCAGAAAUGGCAGGACAGCAAUCAUCAGGGCCCCUUGAAUGGCAAGAGAACCACCAGCGAGCAGCAGCUUGAUUCUUCCAUGCAAAGUUAAUGUGAUAGAACUUUCUGCUCUCUUAUGUGCUGAUUUUUUUUCUUUUUUCAUUUGAGAAAGGAAAUUACUUGAUCAUUAUUAUAUGCAGUGCGUCUUGAGUUGGCUUCAUAUCACUGAAGUGCAAGAAUAAGGUACCGUCUAGCAUUCUGGAUACCACUUUCUGAGAAUCUGACAUAUAUAUCUUGCACAUCCAUCCUAUACAAGAGAUCAACUAUUUUUGUACUUCUACACUUCUUAUUUGUCAUUGAUACAUAAAUUUUAAUGACAAAAAAUUUCUUUGCACACCAAAUAUUGAGGCUCCAAUAUGCAAUUGUCUUUGUAAGUUUGUAGAUACUUUUCUUGCCACCAAUGACCUUGAUAUUUUAGUAUAUUUUAACAGGUGAUUUUCUUUAUAUAAUUUCACUAUUCUUGCUUGGACGAGGAAAUGUAGGAUCCUUGGAACAAGAUUAGAUAGUUGAUUAUGUUGUAAUUUGAGGUAUGAAACUGUACUCUUUAGUGUUUGCGACAUUGAUGUUUCUACAAGUCAAUGAAAUGAAACAAAAUGCAAUCCAAUUUUUAUGA